AUGGAGGAGGAGGAAGAAGAAGAGGAAGAGCUGGAGGAAGAGCCUGGCGGCCUCCCGGAGCACCUGGCCUGCGCUAACCGCGACCCCCGGGCGGCAGGGCUGGGGCGGCUGUCGGCGCGGGAGCUGUCGGCGGCGGCGGGGCGAGCGGAGGCGGCCAGCCGGGCGCUGUCGGCGGAGCUGGUGGCGCAGCUGGCGCGGCGGGACGAGCUGGCGUUCGAGAAGGAGGUGAAGACGGCGUUCAUCGGGGCGCUGCUGGCCGUGCAGGGGGAGCAGCGGGAGCAGCGGGAGGCCGCCCGGCGUCGCCGUCGCGACAGGGGGCUGAGCCUGCAAGGCGGGCGUCCGGAGCGCGGGAACCACAUGCCCAGGAAGCGCUUCAGCAUGGAGGGCAUCUCCAGCAUCCUGCACUCCGGCCUGCGCCAGACCUUCGGCCCCACCGCCAACGAGAAGCAGUACCUGAACACAGUGAUUCCCUAUGAGAAGAAGGGGUCGCCACCCUCUGUCGAGGAUCUGCAGAUGCUCACCAACAUCCUGUUCGCCAUGAAGGAGGGGAACGAGAAGGUGCCCACACUGCUCACGGACUACAUCCUCAAAGUGCUCUGCCCAACCUGAUGCGGCGCUGCCCUCGUGCCCCCCUACCCCGGCGCCCCUCGAAAACGGGGCCAAACCCGAGGAAAAUGGGUCGCCUGCGGCCCCCCACCCUCCCCCUUGCACUCCCCCCACCUUUGCACAGCUGGGAAAUAAAUAAUUCGUUUCAUUAAUUAA